UUUCUUUUUCUAAAUCUUUACUGUGUGACAAUAUGUGGAAACCUCCUGAUCAUCACACUGGUGUCCUACAGCAAAAACCUCCAUUCUCCCAUGUACUUCUUCCUCUCACAGCUUUCUGUAUCAGAUAUCUUACUGGCAACUGAUAUUCUUCCGAACAUUCUCCGCACAAUUUUGAUGAAGGAGACCAUCAUUUCAUUUUCUGAUUGCAUCUCCCAGUUCUAUUUCUUUUGUGUUUCAGAAACUUCUGAGUGUCUUCUACUAACAGUGAUGUGUUAUGACAGAUAUUUGGCCAUCUGUAAACCAUUGCAUUAUACUCUAGCAAUGAGUUUUCAGCUCAGCUGUAUAAUGAUUAUCACAUGUUGGGUUUUAAGUGUUUUAAUAGUCUUGGUUCACACUUUAACAAUAUCACAGUUACAAUUCUGUGGUCCUAAUGUCAUUGAUCACUUCUUCUGUGAUCUUGACCCGAUCCUACAGCUCUCUUGCUCUGAUACUACUAUUGUUCUACUCGAAGUGACAUUGUUGAAUUUUGUUUUUGUUGUCAUUCCAUUCUUUAUUAUCAUUGUAUCCUAUGUGUAUAUUAUAAUCACCAUUUUUAGAAUUCCAUCUAUUACCGGCAGACAGAAAGUAUUCUCAACAUGCAGUUCACACCUGACUGUUGUUUGUAUCUAUUAUGGCACUCUUGUUUGUGUUUACUUGGUACCUAGUAAAGGACAUUCAUGGAACAUAACUAAGUUCCUGUCAUUGCUGUACACUGUAGUCACACCUCUGAUGAAUCCAAUGAUAUAUAGCCUAAGAAAUAAAGACUUGAAAAAAACUGUGGCUAAAAUCAUAAACCACUGUCUGCACUUGCAUUUCAGUAAAUAA